AUGUGCUGUCCUGUGUCCUGCACCUGCUGAACCAGGGAUACCUGCGACGCCAGGAGGAGAGGCCUCAUGUCUUGGAAUACAUCUCUACUGAACCUACAACCCCUCCUGGGGGCCAGGCACAGAUGGUUUUCCAGAGCAGGCCACUGAAGUCAUCUCCAGAUGAGGACAGCUUAGACCACCUGCAUUGGUUGAAGCCUAGCAUUGGCAGUUCGGAGGAGUUUCUUAUGGCAAUGCUGCAGGUGCCAAGGGGGCACACACUUAGUCCGGAGGAAGCGAAGCUGCUCAUGAACCAGACAGUACAACAGGUCCAGGAUGCUCUGAGCAUCCCAGAUGAUGUUGCUCGGCACCUCCUCAUGCACUGCAGGUGGAAUGUGGAUUUCCUGAUCCAGCGUUACAUGGAAAACCGCGAGACCCUGCUUAUCUCCUCGGGGCUGCAAGUGCAGGAUGCUCAGCCCCCUCCAAGCCCAGGGACCCACUGUCCAGUCUGUGUGAACCAGCUGUGUCCCACUGAAAAGCCACCAACCCUCUGCUGCAUGCACUACUGUUGCAAGCCCUGUUGGAGUGAGUAUCUCACAACUCGCAUUGAGCAGAAUAUGGUUGUCAACUGCACCUGUCCCAUAUCCGAUUGCCAUGCACAGCCAACUGCAGCUUUCAUUUGCUCCAUCGUUUCCUCAGAGGAGAUUAUAGCCAAGUAUGAAAAAGCCCUCCUCAGAGGUUAUGUUGAGUGUUGCUCCAACCUGACAUGGUGCACCAACCCUCAGGGUUGCGAUCAGAUCCUACUUAAGGAUGGAUUUGGCUAUGGGGCAGCCUGUUCCAAGUGCUCCUGGAUAUCCUGCUUCAACUGCAACUUCCCAGAGGCCCAUUAUCCUGCAAGCUGCAGCCACAUGUCUCAGUGGGUGGAUGAUGAUGGGUACUAUGAGGGAAUGACAAGUGAAGCCCAAAGCAAACAUCUGGCUAAGCUCAUUUCAAAGCACUGCCCAAGCUGCCAGGCUCAGAUAGAGAAAAACGAAGGCUGCCUGCAUAUGACGUGUGCAAAGUGUAAUCAUGGCUUCUGCUGGCGUUGCCUCAAGCCCUGGAAGCCGACUCAUAAGGAUUAUUACAACUGCUCUGCUAUGGUGAGUAAAGCAGCUUGGCAGGAGAAGCGUUUUCAGGAUUACAAUGAGAGAUGCACUUUUCAUCAUCAUGCAAGGGAAUUUGCCAUGAAUCUGAGGAAUAGCAUUUUUUCUGUCAGAGGGAUGCCAAAAAUUAGGACUUUGACCUUUGUUCUUGAUGCCUGCAAAGUGCUAGAACAGGCACGGAAGGUGCUGGCCUACUCCUGUGUGUACAGCUACUACAACCAGGACACUGAGAGCAUGGAUGUUGUGAAAGAGCAGACUGAGAGCCUAGAGCUGCACACUAAUGCUCUGCAGAUCCUUCUGGAGGAAACCUUGCUGCAGUACCAGGACCUGGCCUCUUCUCUUCAGCUCCUGAAAGCAGAGCAUUUCAAGACUGGUUUGGAGUUGGUACACCAGAUCAAGGAGCGACUCUUUGCAAUUCUGUGGCAUUCCACACAGGAUUUCCAUGUUGGGCUCCAGACUUCAUCAGAUCCUGGUCAGAGAAAGGUGAAACUCUCAAAUGUGCCUACUUCAGCCCCUGCCUGUGUAGGGCCAAAAUGUACCAUCUUGUGUGAUGAUUCCAACAAAGAUGAAGGUGACAAAGAGGUUGAAUACGAGGAGUAUGAAGAUGAGGAAGACUAUGAUGACGAUGAUGACCUUGAUGAAGACAACUUUCUGUUCGGUGAUGAAUCGGAUAACCUUGAUUGUGACUCCUACUUUGAUGAUGAUGCCUAUGACUAGAAGUCACCCAGCCUGGACCUCUGCCUCUAACUUGUCUCGACCAGUUUGUAUUAGUGUCUUUCCUCAAGGACAGGAACUCUCAGGCAGAGCCAAGAAGCAUCUCCUCUGAGGGCUGCUUGUUUGGUGAUGUGCAGAAACACUGCUCAGGACAGACAGGCUGUUACUGUGGCCACCUCUCUCAGAAAGCCAUCUUCUUGCCUUGCUCUCUUGUCUCAAUUUCUGCCCAUAGGUAUCUAAUUGAGUUAGAAGGUCACAGUUCAGCUGCAUCGUGAGGAUUGCUUGCCACCUGCUAAAGGACUGUUUGGUGUCCUUGGAGAAAGGCCAGGCACAGGUGAGUGUGAGACAUUGUCCUAGUAUCACACUGUCUAAUCCAGCCAGCGUCUAGAAAUACUGUAAAGCAGUGUUUGCACUCAAGUCAAAGCCUCCCAGCUGGAGCUGGUGGGAUUCCCUCCAGAGCCACAAUGGAUGAGGUUCAGUGCAUUCCUCUUGUUUGCUGUUUAUGGGAGGAGCUGCCUUCCCUGCUGUGAAGCAGGAUGGGCUGCUAUGAGUGGCACAAGUUUGCAGGACUGUUUUUAAGUGUAUAAAUACAUGCACGUGCACACACAAAUAUAGCAAAUCCUAUACAGGCAGAA